UGCCAAAUCUCCAUUCAUUCGUCAUACAUAGGAUAGUACUCCAUCCGAGUAACAAAAGCCAAAUUCUUAUCAUCACUAAGACACGAUGGAGAGCCAGAGCUCCACCCAUGAGAAGAAGUCUCUCCAUCUCAGGGAAAUCCCAGCCCCGGAUAAAACCUUGGGCAUGAGCAAGGGCAGUGCUUUCUGCAAGAUGGGUGAGGGUUGGACAUGCAUCAUAACCAAGACUGAGGGACCUGAUGCAGGCAAAGCUUUCGUUAAAUGUGGUGAAAACUGCUCAUGUACCAUUGAGGGCGAGGCAGUGUCCCAAGAAUUAAUUCUGGCUGCUGAUGCUGUGAGUAGCAGUGACAGUGGCAGCGGCAGCGGAGCCUUCUGCAAGUGCGGUGAAGGGUGGAGUUGUGUUAUUUUCAGAACUGAAGGCCCUGAUGCAGGCUCUGGCAAAGGCUUUGCUGAAUGCGCUGGACACUGUUCUUGUACUGUUAAUGAUAAAUAGGCCAAAGAUAAAUGAUUCUGGAGAGAGAAGAUGUGAUGAAGUGGAUGUAUGAUAUAAAUAAUUCCAUCAAUCUCUUCUUCAAGAAAUGGACAAACAAGUUGUACAGAAUUUAUAUAUGCAACACAUGGUUCCUACAA